AUGUCCCUCCUGCAGUGUCCCCGGCAAUGUAAUCUGGUGGAUGCCGGCAUCUGUCAUCUGGGUUCCGUCCCCUGAGAGCGUCAGGACGUAUGGGGGACGGAACGGCGGGAAAUUUGAAAAUGACAAAAAUAAAACAUUACUGUAUCAAACCAUUUCACAUACAUUUUGUCCCUACUGCUUUGUCCUGUGCCCCGCCUGCAUUUUUACUGUUCUUUCUGCCUGGAAACUGAGAAAUGUCCAUGGUGUCCAAAAAGCGUCCCUUUAGGUCAAAAGUGGUUUUAGACCAGCUAGAGAACAGCGAUAGUAAAUUAGAUCCUCUUGCAGAAUUGA